UUCCUGGCACUUCUUAAACGUGCCCUCCCCCUCACUAAGUCAUCGGUAUACCGUACAUGAGGUCACCAAUCACGCUCGUGCAUCCUUCCUGCCUACCUCAGCAUCCUCGAUAAAGCUGUUGGCUUUCCCAGGCUAGCCCCCAGCAACGUUCUGUAUUUGGUGGCCACUCUUCAUUACAUCGUACUACAUAAUCCAUCCUCCUCCCUCCUAUUCCCAUCAUACAUAAAGAUGGAGUUGACCCCACAAUCCGCACGCUCACCAACCUCACCAUAUCCAUACUCUUCGAACCCUCAGCCACUCUAUGAAUAUCCAUCACCAGCCCAGAGUGACUCUCGCUAUCGUUCCACGGAUUCUUUACAAGGACUCGGCCUCUACUCGUGUCCAAUGUCAAGUUCGGCCGUGGAGAAUGUAUCAGUAACGAGCAUUCCCUCUCCCGCCGGAUCAACCAACUGGUCAAACGCAGCUUUGCAGCAUCGGGAUACUCCAAGGUCAUCUCACUCUACACCUAAUCUACUUCAGGCAGAGUAUGAUCAUUUUGCGCCAUUCCAUUCAACAACGCAGGUCCCAUAUAGUCAUGAUAUAUACUCAGCUCACACUGCUGAAGUAAACACUGUUCUUCCCGCCUCCCCAGCUGAUUCCUGCAACACUUCUGAACGCUCUUCCUUCUCCUCAGCUCCAGUCUCCGAGAUCUUCACUCAAGCUGGUUCCAUCCACUCCUUCACUCCACGCAUCAAGAUGGAGGACCACCCAGACUUUGUUGGACACGACACCAUGAUGAUGAGCUCCCCACAGUUGAGCCAUACUAUCAUGGUUUCGUCCGCUGGCCCUUACGCUGGAAGCCUUGAUGCAACUUUCUACGAUCAACCACCUAUGGGAUGGCCAAAGAUGGAAUAUGGCAACCCUCCAGAUCUACCAGGCAUCUCUUCUCUACCAAUUCCACAUUACGACAGACGUUCAGAGAGCCAAGAGAGGGGCACAUCCGGCUCCCAAGCUCAACGACGCCCCAAUGGAGUACCCCGCACCCGGACUCGAAGACUCACUUCAAAAGAAGACGCAAACUUCCAAUGUCACGUCAAAGGAUGUGGCAAGCUAUUUGGAAGAAGCUACAAUUUCAAGGCUCACAUGGAGACCCAUGAUGCCAGCCGGGAAUACCCAUUCCCAUGUCCAGUUAAGGACUGCAACAAGAAGUUUGUCCGGAAGACGGACCUCCAAAGACACCACCAGAGUGUCCACAUGAAGCAGAGAAACCACCGAUGCGACUACUGCAGUCGAUUCUUCGCCAGAAAAGAUACACUAAGACGACACAUGGAAGACGGCUGCUCAAAGCGAUUUGACAUUGAGACCGUCGACUUCAGACCACAGAGCUACAGCAACACCUCGGACCACCACAACAUGAGGAUUCCCGCCCGCUCCUCUGUAGACACCCAUCACGCGUCCAGACAAGCAUCCUACAGCUCCGGAACGCACUACACCCCACCACCGCACUCAGUAGGUUCUUCUACAAGUCGCAGCAACGGCGGCAGCGGCGGCCCGCAAACGCAUGACAGCUCUCUCACGUCAGCUCCUGGAGGUUCCUCCUACCUCGAGCGACAAGAGUACCACCUUGGCCAGGAAAGCGGAGGCGGAGGCCACGAAGCCGUAUGGUCGAACUGAUCACUUACGUACGAAAGAAAGCUUCAAUCG